AUGAAUGUUCGUUUUCGACCAAACCGCCGUUUAUCACCACAAUGGAAAUCAGCUAUAGAAAAAUUUCAACAACAUCUUGAUUAUGAACAAUGUUUUACUGAAUUGACUUCAAUUGGAAAUUGGUAUGAUCAUUUACUUGCACGUAAAAGUUCAGCACAAUUAACUGCAUUUAAAGAACAUAUGUUUCGUUUUUUACAUUUAUUCAAUAAAAAUUCCGGUGUUACACUUGAACCAUGCCAUCGUUAUUCAACAGAAAAUGUCGGAGGAAAAGUAGUUGCUACAAAAGAAUGGUAA